GGCCCCCUGACGCCUGGGGAUGUGGUCACGUUCGGGGUGCCGAUAAUUUCGUCGAGCGCGACUUUAGAGAUCGUCAACGUAAGACGGGAAGCUCAAGAUCAACUCUGAUCGAGCAUCGCUCCCGCGGGACUGCUGCGAGAAGGUCUCCGAAGGACGAAAGGAUUUUUUUCCAUUCUCAUCAGUCACCUCGAGACAACCCCCAGCAAAUUAAAAUGGCUGUGACUACUGGUCGAGUCGGGUGAUUUCGACGGCAGGACAACGGAAGGACCACGGCAGUCCGCGGCGGGAUCCUCGUGAGAGCCCCGAGCCGGGACGGUCGUCGAGAAAAACGCGAAGACGUACGGACGGAGGGAUGACCCGGCGCUGCGCGCUGGUGCGCGAGAAACUUUGCUGAUCGCCGGAUUCUGCACCCCGCGGGGCGCCGCGCGGGGGGUGGAAAAAGAAAAUCGUCGUCGGUAUUGAACACAAGGAGAGCAAGGAGGGGUCAAUCCGGGUCAAUCGCGAAAGUGUCCUCGCGAGAAAUGAGAUCUUACGACGGCGAGAGUAGCUCGACGGAGGACGACGAUCGUAGGGAGAGUCUGCCGGAGGCGCAUCUGCAGCAAGGAUCUUGGCAGCGCACCGCGUCUCAUCCUACCUGGGCCUGGGAGCAUCGCAAUGCCCAUCCACUGCCUCCACAGUCCGCGGCAGCUCUCGAGUCCGUGUAUUCGACACCAGGAGCCUCGCAUCCGAGUGUCUCGGGUCCCCCGGCGGCGUAUUCAUCGGAGCACAAUCAAAGCGCACCAGGACGAAGGACUCCGUUGGGUGCCGUGGGUCUCGGUGGCUUUUACUUUCAGCAGCAGCCGCAACCUCACGCCUCGUCGAGCGCGUUGUCCGACGAAAAUCGGCCGGACGAGAGACCCACAGGCUCGCGACUGAAUUGUCCUCCGAAAUCGAAAACGACUCGUCAAGGGAAAAGCGUGAGGCUGAACAUCAACGCGCGAGAGCGCAGGCGGAUGCACGACUUGAACGAUGCAUUGGACGAGCUUCGCUCUGUCAUCCCUUACGCUCACAGUCCUUCCGUGAGGAAGCUGUCCAAGAUCGCCACCCUCCUGCUGGCGAAAAAUUACAUCCUUAUGCAAGGAAACGCCUUGGAAGAGCUCCGGAGAGUGAUCGCCGUCCUGCAAUCACCGCACGCGCACACCACUGCCCUGCCGCCCACGCCGGUCUCCUACGACCUCUUGCAGGGAUUUCCCGGCAAGCUGUUCCAGGGAGUGCAGGAGAUGCAGGGGCUACCCGCGAACGAGCCUCAAAUCGUGACCGGCCCGCCGACCGACGGCACGGUCGCCAGCGGAGAAUCGAAUUAAGGAGUAGAGUUUUGCAUUUUUUUUUCUGCAACUCUCUUCUUUGUUUUUCUCGUGAAAGAUAUGAAUCCAUCAAAUUCAAGUCCCACACACACACACACACACACAUACAUACACGAAUUAAAAUCACAGAAUUAAACCGAUGAAAAGAUUGAUUAGCGAGAAAUACGAUUCGAAAUUUUAGAAGUGAAAAGAGCGACGAUUAAUAAUUAUAAUGUAAGAGAUAACGUGUAGAAGAUUUUUUAGAGGUAAAGAUAUGGAGAAAUACUUUCAGGAAUGGAAACCGCCUUUGGCCACGAAAGUAUUAAUUACUACAUUAUAUAGAAUAUUAUAUUGAAAUUAAUCUCUCAAGAGAAAGAGAGAAGGAGAGAAAGAGGGGGUUGAAUUAGUCUUUUAAAUAUUAAGUAUCUUAUUUACUACAAAAUCAAAAUGCGGAAGAACGAGCCGUACAAUUUUAUCUUUUGCAAAUGACAAGAUCGAGAUAAACCGUGAUAGGCAAAAGAGACGUCACAUUUCAAUAAUGAAAAAUGAAUGGAAAAAAUAGUUGAAACAAGAAUUUAUUCAUCUCAAAUCUGAAAUAACUUCUCAACGAGAAAAAAAGAAAAUAAAAUGUACGGUGAUUUCAAGUAGCACCAAUUCCCUCCAGUGGAUUAAUUAAGCUCAUUUUACGGAAUCCAGAUCAAGAUCUGGACGAGAAGCAUUGCGAAAGUAUUGCGAAAGUACUAGCGAUUAAGUGAGUAACACUGUCACGAUAAGAGUCAAUAAUGCAGCAAUAAGACGACGGCGCCGUUUUCGUCAAUCUACAGUUGAUUUUCGAAAAGAUAACGCGUUCCAACCGCUCAAUAAUUCUGUAUUAAAACUAUUACUUCCUUCAAAAGCGCAGAUUUUCUUCUAAAAGAAUCUCUCUGUCGAUCAUGUAACUGCUUUAAAAACAUCAAGUCUGUAAAACGAAAGUCCGUGAGAUUCGCGAGAAUAAAAGAAUUGCGGAGAUGAAGAGAUUCAAGGAGAUUGGAAGAAUUUUUGAGUAGAUUCCCGUUUUUCGAAUCGAACGAUUGGAAGGACGAAAACGUCGCCAAGACUCGGAAUGCAAAGAGCUCCUCCGAGUCUCGUCCUGAAACACGAUAGUCAAUAUUAGUAUGUGAUACGUGUGUCGAGGAGUUCUAGUCGUAUAUAUACAUCGUAAAGAUAUUGAAUAUUCAUAUACACAUAUACAAUA